AUGCCCUUAGUCGCUGCCCCCUACCAGUACCAAUCGAACCCCGCACCCAUACAUGCCAUUUUUGAGGUCAACGAACUCAACUUGCCUAUUACAGCUGAAGACAUUGCCACUCACUCCAAAAGGGACAAGGUAAUUGCCCAAGUCCUGGACUGGGUGGGAAGGGGGUGGCCUACAAUUCAAUACACUCCUGAAUUUUUGCCAUUCGAGAUUCGCAGGCAAGAGUUGUCAUCCCUACAGGGUUGUUUGUUGAGGGGGACAAGGGUGGUCAUCCCUGCCACACUACAGGAGCCAAUCUUAAAGGUCCUACACGAAGGCCACCCGGGCAUCAUGAGGAUGAAGGCUCUGGCCCACAGCUAUGUGUGGUGGCCAGGCAUGGAUGCCCAGAUCUCCAGAUGGGUAAGUUCAUGCCAGCCAUGCCAAGCUACCAGACCAGCCCCACCUGCAGCCACUCCUACCAGGUGGGAGGAUGCUGGGGCCCCUUGGUCUCAACUACAUAUCGACCUGGCUGGCCCAGUGCAUGGGCGGACUUUCCUAGUCUUAGUGGACUCUUUUUCUAAAUGGAUUGACCUGGCUCUACUUCCUUCCACAACCACACUGGCCAUCACUAGAGCCCUGACCCGAGUAUUUGUCACCCAUGGCCUCCCUGACAUACUGGUGUCCGACAAUGGCCCCCAGUUCACCUCUUGUGAGUUCGAGGUAUUUGCAGCCAACCUGGGUAUCAGGCACAUCCUCACAGCCCCUUUUCACCCUGCAAGCAACUGGAUGGCUGAGAGGGCAGUUAGGUCAGUAAAAGAAGCAUUAGCGAGGUUUGGCCAGAUAGACUGGUAUUCCAAACUGUCCAGAUACCUUCUGACCCAGCAUACAACCCCCUGCACCACAACAAACAAGUCACCUGCAGAAUUGCUAAUGGGCAGGCAUCUUAGGACCACCUUGGAUAGAUUGCACCCCCAUUACAUCCCUGGCACCCCCUUGGGUUCUGAUAGCCUCGCCAGGGAAUUUGCCCUACAUGACCUGGUCUACGCCAGGAAUUAUGCAGGGGACACGUUAUGGGUACCAGGACAGGUUAUAUCAGUUACAGGGUCAAGAUCCUACAGGGUCCUCCUAGACAACAGUCGUAUGUGUCACAGACACGUAGACCAGCUAAGGAGGUGUUGGAGAAGGACUACUGAUGACUCCCGCACCCAGCCAAGCAACCCAGUCUACCCAGCGAAUGACAAUGGUCCCCAGCCAGGCGAACCGGUCUAUCCAGCAAACACCAAGGGCCCGGUCUACCCAGCAAAUGCCGAGGUUCUGGUCUACCCAGCCGAUGCCAAGGAUCCGGUCUACCCAGCUGAUACCGAGGGUUCCCUACCAGACGACCCGGUCUACCCAGGGAACGCUAUGGACUCCCGACCGAGCGACCCAGUCUACCCAUCCAGCCGAAUGAUGCACCCGAAGCAAGCCGAGUGA